AUGGCCACCAAGGUGGCAAAAGUACCGGGAAGCUCGAUUAUUUUUCAACCGUACUCCACGUCCCCACAACUGGCGCUGUUUCUGCUCAACCAUCUUCCCAAGAAGGCGUCGAACUACCAGAUCAAGCUCGACGCCUCGGCCGAGACGCUGAUCUUGCAUGCGCUUGAGCACAAGUGGUCAAUGAUGGCGCUGUUCUUUCGCCCGCCCUCUCCGACCCCUUCCCUCAUCCUCGCCGGAAUCUUUUCAGCUUGCCGCGCUGCGCGAUUCCGACCGCUCUGUCCAGGUAGCCAAGGCCAUGGCCCAAGUCUUCCAACUAUCUGGCCCGACCAGCCGCCAAUUUGCUCCAGCCCUUCCGCCCUGACGAUCCUAGGGCUCUGGCACUGCGUCAAACAUGCGCCCGCAGCCCUCGCGCAUUCGCUCUCAGCUUUUGGUCAAGCCCAUGUUGACCUCAGCCCGACCUCGUCCGCGUGGGGCGCGCGAUAUCCUUACAACACGCGCGUGCUUUUGAAUCACAUGGUGCCUUACUCGGAACCCCUGCCCACUCCCAUUCGGACGGCGAACACGAUCUCUCCAAUCGUCAAGGAAUUCGCCAGGGGAAUUGAGGGGUUGAAAUCGAUGAGACGGACGUAUCGAAAGAUGCUCCGUGCGACACUCCGUCCACAGAGCUUUUCGAAUGCGGACGAGCCAGAUAGUGAUUCAGAUUUGCAUCAGGAGCCGGACCGGCUGCCGGACCUCCCCGCGAAACAGGAAGACUCGGCCUCGGGCUCGGCUGGUCAACAAGUGAGUCCCGGGGCGCUGGACCGCGUGUACAGUGUGAUCCAAAAGAUCCAGGAAGAGUAUAAAGAGUGGUGGACGUCCUGUAACGUGCUCAUCGAUCUCGGCGAAGGCUCGAGGGACCCUCGCACUAAGUUCUCAUCUGACCGCGUCCGGGCUAUCACCGCGUACUCUCAAGACCCUUCCCCGUCUGAACUCGACCCCCUGCCCGUCCCUACGACGACGGACGCAGGCAAGGCCCCGCAGGAGGCCCCGCCCGGCGUACAUAAACACUUCGAGAUCCUCAAGAGCAUGUUCGCCCCCGACGGCUCUUCUGAAACCAGCCCGGAGAGCGGUCCGGCGCCUCCUGAGCCGCCGAUGCGCUGCCUCACGCCGCCCAUGGCCCUUCAGCCGGAGAUUGACUUGGGCGACAAGACACCCAUCUCCCGGCCUGUCAAACCUGCCGAAUCAGCUGCAACGUGUGCCCCGCGAAAGCCGCAGACACUCACGCCGGCGCCUCAAAAAGUGCACAGCGUCGACCUCCUGGCCUCCACCUUCACCUCAACAAUGACGACGCGAACGACGACGGUCGCUCUGGACAACCACUAA